CGCGGGCGCGGGGCGCGGAGAGAUGUCCACCGGCUCGGUGAGCGACCCCGAAGACAUGGAGCUGCGGGGGCUGCAGCGCGGCUUCCCGGCGCCCGCCCCCUCCAAGAGGCAGCCCCUCGGCGGCGCGGAGCGCUGCUACGCCUCGCCCAGCGACAACUCCUCGGCGGAGGAGGAGGACCCCGACGGCGAGGACGAGCGCUGCGCCCUGGGCGCCGCCCGCGACCUCGCGGGGUGCAAGAAGAAGCGGCCUCGUGUGGCCGCGGGCGGCUGCGCAGGUGGCGGGGCCGCUGGCUGCAGUAAAAAGCCUCUCCUGCCCAAGGGCUCGGCCGCAGAGUGCAAGCAGUCCCAGCGGAACGCGGCCAACGCCCGCGAGCGCGCCCGGAUGCGCGUGCUGAGCAAAGCCUUCUCCAGGCUGAAGACCAGCCUCCCCUGGGUCCCUCCUGACACCAAGCUGUCCAAACUGGACACGCUGCGGCUGGCUUCCAGUUACAUCGCGCACCUGCGGCAGCUGCUGCAGGAGGACCGCUACGAAAACGGCUACGUGCACCCAGUGAACCUGACGUGGCCGUUCGUGGUCUCAGGACGCCCGGACUCUGACACCAAAGACGUUUCCGCAGCAAGCAGAUUAUGUGGAACCACCGCUUAGAUAGGACCGAACUCACCUGAUGGGAUUAUUUGUUAAACCAAAGUUUUGAGGGCCGCGAGAGCGAGAACACCAGAGGACGGGUAGAAAGUUCCUCUGGAUCCUCCGGGGCCCCCUUCCCCGGACCUGGGAGCUGGACAGUGGAGGUGCCCGGGUCGGGGCCACAGCGCUGGAAGGAGCCUUCUUAGUGCGGAGCGCGCCGCAAACCCAGAAUCCACGGUGGUCUUCGGCGAUGUACCCCCGGCUGCCCGCUGAGCCCAGCGCCGCAGCACCUAGGCCCGAGGGUUAGGGUUAGCUUCCAGGGGCGUCAGAUGUACCGUGCGUGUCACGUCGUGGCCGAUUCCCGCACAGCGCGGGCCUCCAGGUUUUAGAAAAUAGAGCUCGCUGUGGACCCUCUUGAAAGACAGCGUGUUGGUGUGAGGUCCACUUCGGGGAUGUUUCAAGUCACCAGGAAAGGAAAGUGGCAUCGCUGGGCCAGCUUUCCACCCGCCCGGCCGGCAGCUCUGGCUCUCCACGCGGCAGUGGGGCGUCCCUGGGGCCCGGCCAGGCUGGCUUCGCCCUGCCUGUGAGCUGUCGCCGUCUUGCUGCAGUCCGGCCGGCGCUCUCCCCUGGCUGAAGUCUCCUUUGCAAGCGCCCUCCUUCCUCUCUGCACCGCCGUCCACCCCUCCUCGAAGCAGAGCCUCCUCGCGCGCUGUCCCAACAGCUCCCUGCAGCCUCCCCGCUCUGGCGGCCGACUGCACUUCCCUCCCCUCGCACCCCAAGUUUUCUCCGCAGGCUUUCCUCCUCCGAGCUCUGGCCGCCCCAUCCCCAGCGCUGCCUUCCGCACCCACUGCCUUUCUGCGCUCAAGUUCUGCCCUGCACGGCAGGCGGCCGGAGCUCCGGCUGCCGCCACCUCACUUGCAGUGCUUAGGGACAGCACCGCUGCUGAGGCUGCGCUUCCACAGUCAUUAACAUAUGUAAAUAAAUUUAUUUUUUUAUGAACAAUAAAA